AAUUUAUAUUCUUCAAAACUAUAUAGAUUAAUUAAUAAACAACUUCAUAAUAGAAUUAGAAGGCUGAGUUGGUGGGAUUUUUUUUUCUUAAUUGUUUUUAAGGCUGUGUUUUCUGCUGGAAAGACUUUUUAACUUUCUUCUGUGGAGCAUCUCCCUUCUCUCCUUAUGGGGCUGUGAGUUGGUGUUAGGACCUGAAAAUCUGAGAAAUGAACAAAUUACGGCAGAGCUUUAGGAGAAAGAAAGACGUCUAUGUCCCAGAGGCCAGUAGGCCUCAUCAGUGGCAGACUGAUGAGGAAGGUGUUCGUACUGGCAAGUGUAGCUUUCCUGUUAAGUACUUGGGACAUGUCGAAGUGGAUGAAUCCAGAGGAAUGCAUAUCUGUGAAGAUGCAGUGAAGAGACUGAAAUCUCUACCCACAGUAAUAGCGCUCGACUUGUCCCCCCUGUUCCUCCAGGAAAGGAAGUUCUUCAAAGGCUUCUUUGGAAAAUCUGGAAAGAAAGCUGUUAAAGCAGUCCUGUGGGUUUCGGCGGAUGGACUCAGAGUCGUAGAUGAGAAAACAAAGGAUCUUAUAGUCGAUCAGACAAUAGAGAAGGUUUCUUUCUGCGCACCAGAUAGGAACUUCGACCGGGCAUUCUCAUACAUCUGUCGAGAUGGCACAACGAGACGCUGGAUAUGCCACUGCUUUAUGGCUGUAAAGGACACGGGGGAAAGGUUGAGUCAUGCCGUGGGCUGUGCAUUUGCAGCAUGCCUGGAGCGAAAGCAGAAGCGAGAGAAGGAGUGUGGAGUGACUGCCACCUUUGAUGCCAGCAGAACCACAUUCACUAGAGAGGGGUCAUUCAGGGUCACUACAGCUACUGAACAAGCAGAGAGAGAGGAAAUUAUGAGACAGAUGCCGGAUGCUAAAGCAGUUGAAACAGAAGUGAAAACAGUAGCACCAGGUGCUGCACCAAACAAUACUGCCCCCUCUUCUGGCUCACCAACCUCUCCUACUGCUGAAGUUGCUGCCUCUCUGGAUAAAGAAAUGAGCAAUCCCCACGCUAUUCCACGGAGGCAUGCCCCUAUAGAACAGCUUGCCAGGCAAGGGUCUUUCAGGGGCUUCCCUGCCCUUAGCCAAAAGAUGUCUCCUUUUAAACGCCAGUUGUCUUUGCGAAUAAAUGAGCUGCCUUCAACAGUGCAAAGGAAGACCGAUUUCCCCAUGAAAAACUCAGUCCCCGAGGUAGAAGGGGAAACAGACAGCAUCAGUGCCCUGUGUUCUCAGAUCACCAGUGCUUUCAGCGCGCCAUCAGAAGAUCCUUUCUCUUCGGCCCCCAUGACAAAACCAGUGACAGUAGUUGCACCACAGUCUCCUGCCUUUCAAGUUAAUGGCACUGCCUCUGCCUUCUGUGUGCUUGCUGCUAAACCAUCCCAAGCUGCUGUAGUGUCCACAGCUAUGCCAGUUCGUGAAACCAAUCCUUGGGCUCAUGCUCCUGCUGCUAAUACUGGAGCUGCAGCCAUGGUCACUGGCGCUGAAUGGAGCAGCACCUCCUCAGGUGCAGCCUCACCAAGUCUCUUCCAAGGAAAUCACAGACGUACUCCCUCAGAGGCAGACCGCUGGUUGGAAGAGGUCUCAAAGACUGUCAGAGCCCAACAGCAGCCAGCCCCAGCCCCUGCCCCUGCUCCACAGCCACUACUCCAGCCUCCUCCGGCACCUUCCCAGCCAGCACCAGCCUUCCCAGUCAGCACUUUCAUUGCACCUCAGCCUGUGCCGGUUGGUGUAGUACCGCCCAUGCAGCCAGCGUUUAUUCCAGCUCAACCCUAUGCUGUAGCAAAUGGGAUGACCUAUGCAGCCCCAAGCGUACCUGUGGUUGGAAUCACACCUUCGCAGAUGGUAGCCAAUGUCUUUGGUACUGCAAGCCACACUCCAGCAGCCCAUCCACAUCAGUCCCCCAGUCUCGUCAAACAGCAGACAUUCCCUCAGUAUGAAAGCAGCAGUGCUACAGCCAGUGCUACAGCCAGCCCUUUCUUCAACCCACCCACACAGCACAACGGCUCUACCGCUUUCAAUGGAGUCGAUGGUGGCAAAUGGGCUGCAGAGGACAAGCAUUCGCAGCCUCCUGCACCUGCUCCGCAGGUAGACCCAUUUGAAGCACAGUGGGCAGCACUAGAGGGCAAGGCAAAGCAACGCACUAAUCCCUCUCCAACUAACCCCUUCUCAAGUGAUUUACAGAAGACAUUUGAGAUUGAACUUUAAGCAGUCCUUGGGAGGGAGUUGGAUAAAUUGUACAUUAGGAUAGAGGGAUAAAGGGAGCAGAGGGGCCUGUUUAUGAUCAGUUUGCUUUGAUAAUCCCAAAGGUCCCUUCAAACAAAAAUGGUUUAGGAGGGAGCAAUUAUGAGGAGGAUCUAAACAUACAAUGAAUUUAAUGUGCAGUUCUUCAAAAGGAAUCGUGGAGCCACCCCAGUCUGCAUUCCCUCCUCACUUGGAAAGCUGGAAGUCAAACAGAGCAAAGGCAGGCACCCAGCCCCAACACCUUCUCUGCAGAAACAUCCAUCAUCUCACAGAAAGGAAGGCCCCUUUUGUACUGGGGUCCUUCUGAUGCCCUGCAAGUCCUGGACAUUCCCCCUCAGGGAACAACAGGGUGGGGUGGGGGUGGGUGGGUGGGAAGUCGUCACCUGCUUAACAAAAGCCAGGUUUGUGGAAAAAGUUGAGCUUCCAUUUUGAGUAACAAAGUGAAUAUUAUAUGUAAAGAAUAAAGUAAAGCCAAAAUCUUUAUUUUUAUGCAUUUAGAAUAUUUUAAAUAGUUGGAUAUUAAAAGCUGUAUGAGUUGUAAGUAAUCUUGCCAAAGGUUAAAAAAGAAGGGGGUUGGAUGUAAGAAAUUGUAUAUAAGAUUGAUUUAUCUCUGAUUCUUAUUGUAAGUAAUAUUGGGGGGUGGAAAAAGGGGCUUUAGCUUGUUCUUGUAUCUGUUCAUUGUAAGUAGCAUAUUGCAACAACAAUCAUGACCAGUAAGUCAUUAUAUUGUAGUUUUAAAGAAAGAAAAUUAAAGAACAGUAUUGUCAUGGUUUGAAAACCAAAAACCAUGGGGAAAAUUUACUGUUUUUUAUCGGAAUUGGGCUACAUAUUAUAUAUAGUAUGGAUUUUUUCCUUUCAUGUAUUGCUGCAGUUUCUUUGUCUUAAUCUAUUGGUUCUAACACUACUGUGACAACUUACUGUAACCAUAUCUACAUCCUGGGGCUACCUGGGAACCAUUUUAUGUUUGUCUGUCGAUAGAUCUUAGGGUUUUUUAACUUUGGUUUUAUUUUUUUUCCCACUGAUUUGUGAAACCUUGUGGUUAAGGCUGCAGCUGGUUCAGGUUCUGCCUCUGGUGACUUGUGGAAACCAUCUCAUUUUAACUUUACUUUUAAACUUUGGCCUUACAAGCAAAUGUAAGUUAUAUAUAUUUGUACUGAUGAUUUAUAAUCUGCUUUAACAGAAAUAAAUGUUGGUGGUAGAA